AUGUUUUCGUUUCACGUUUAUUUAUUAUAAUUGUUGUCCGAAAUAUUUUUGAAUUCCAAUUACACUAAUAAUUACGUAAAUCAAAACAAUAGCAACGUCAGGAUUAAUAAAAUUGUAUAGGUAUUUAGGGACACCCUGUAUUUACAAAAUCAUCAAAACAAAUGUAUAAUUUAUGAGAAUCUCGCAUCAUCACGGUAAACCAGCUUCGUGCAGAAGUGGAAUGGAAAUAGCAAUUAAAUACCGAUUGUUUUGUUAGUUCGAAACUAACUAUAUACUUCAAUAGGUGACAAUCAUGAAAAUAAGUUAUUCUGCUCCAAGGAUUGAUACGUUGCCUUGUUAAUAGUUCCACUAAAAUAUAAGUGCUUAAAAACAAGUUAAAGUGACGCCAAGAACUUGGUAAACCCACUGAUAUUGGUUAUUAGUUCUUGUUUCAAGAUAUACAGUAAAGUAGUGAAUAAAUCAAACGAUGUCUGUGCGUUAAGACAGUUCACCAUGAUAAAAAAACAAAUAAUUUAUAUUUUUGCGGUUUUAACAGUGUGCUCAAUUUCAUAUGCAGAUAUUGGAGACAGUUGUGAAGUCCGCUACAAUGGACAAGCUGGUAAAUGUGUGAUAUCUUGUCCUAUUGUUGAACAAGAAGCUAAAGUAGGAAUCGAUCCAACCAUAUGUGAAUAUUACCACAGAGUGGUACCAGUAGUUUGUUGUCCUAUUGGUCACCUUACUGAUCAAGAAACAAAUCGUUUCAAUAAACCAGAUAUUGUUCACUAUGAACCAGAAGUUGAUCGAUUUAAUACGGCUGACCCAGACCCUCUUAUAUUUCCAGGGGAUAUCGAAGAGUCAAAUGAUAAUUUAAGAAUAAGCGAACAAAAAUGUGAAGAAUAUGGUAAACUCUUUAGUGAAGUGGUUCAAGCGCUUCCCUUGGUUACUCAUAUAGAACCUAUAAGCCUUAGUAUAGAAAAAUGUGAUUAUAAUAGUGUUCCUCUAAUUGUUGGUGGAGAACCAGCCUCAGCUGCGGAAUUUCCAUUUAUGGCCGCUAUUGGUUUUCAAACUGACGAUCAAAAAUGGAGAUGUGGAGGUACUCUCAUAAGUGACAGAUUUGUUCUGACCGCUGCCCAUUGUACGUCUACUAGAGAUGCAGGUGCGCCAACUGUAGUUCGUCUUGGUGACCUUGACUUGUCCACAAGCCAUGAUGGAUCUCAGCAUCAUGACUAUGAUAUUGAAAAUAUAAUACUUCACCCAGGUUAUAGAUUUCCUUUAAAAUAUCAUGACCUUGCCCUGAUCAAAACCAAGCAGACUGUUGAAUUUACAAAAUUUAUCCGACCAGCAUGUUUAUAUACCGAAAAAUUUAUUGAACAACCCUCAGGAGUAGCCACAGGAUGGGGUAAAACAGACUUUGCCGCAGAAAUUAGUGACAGGUUAAUGAAAGUGACACUUAAUAUUUAUCACAACAGUGAAUGUACUAAGAUUUAUCAUAAAAGCAAAGAUUUACCAAGAGGUGUCGUGUCUAACAUGCUGUGUGCUGGAGAUCUAAGAGGGGGAAAAGAUACUUGUCAGGGUGACUCCGGUGGCCCAUUACUGAUCACAAAAGCAGGCAAUCAAUGUAAAUUUUAUGUAAUAGGAGUUACAUCAUUUGGAAAAUCUUGUGGGCAAGUUAAUACAACAGCUGUAUAUACCAAAGUUUCAAGUUAUGUCGAUUGGAUUGAGAAGACUAUAUGGUAGAGGGAUAUAUAGUAUUACUUAAUGAUUGUUAAUUUUUAUACCCAACUUUUGUAUUCUUUUAAAAAAUAGAUUAUAUAUUUCCUAU